AUGUCCUACAGGAGCACCAACGUCGAGAACCCCCAGGAUCAGGAGAAGACCUUUGCCCCUAACCAGAACCGUUCUCAAGGUGGUAAUCAGCAGAAGGCGCAGUUCAGCAGUCAGCAACAACCCUCAGGGUCAUCGAGCAACUCGAACGAUGAGCUUAAGGGUAUGAUGCAGCAAAUGUUGAUGAACCAGCAGAAGUCCACUGCGGAGACACACCUGAAGAUAGACACCAUGUACAACGAUCUGAAUGGGAAGUAUGAAGCAGUGUGGACUCACGUGAAAAAGCUGGAUGUCCAAGUAUCUCAAACCGCUGAAGCUGUGAAAAGACCUCAGGGAACACUUCCUGGGAAAGGAGAGCAAAACCCCAUGAACGAGUAUGUUGCACAAGUUGAGCUGAGAAGUGGAAGAAAGCUAUUACUUGCUGCGAUUCCUCCGAAGAGGGCAGGCAAGGAGAAAGCCGACGAUCCCGUAGCUGACUCACCUACUCCUGUAGCUGUAGAGACUGCUCCAGCAAGAGCUUACACACCUAAGGUGCCUUACCCUGUUCCACGGAAAAAGUCCAGAAAAGACUUGGAGGAUGCAAAGUGUAAGGAGAUGCUGAAGGACUUGACUGUGAAGCUGCCUCUCUCUGAUGCUGUUCAGAUGAUUCCUUCGCUGAAGAAGUACAUGAAGGAGCUGAUAUCUGGGAAAGUAGCUGAGGAUUAG